AUGGACCAGCACGAAAACAAUAACAACAACGGUGAGGGUCUCCCCGGCGGAGAAGCCGACGAUGCUCUUCAAUCGAUCGACCACCACAAUGAUGACGACAGGUCCUUUUCUCACACUGGAGAUGGAGCUAGUCCCGGAAAGAUUUUCAUUGGUGGUUUAGCAAGAGAGACUACACCUGCUCAAUUUAUCAAGCAUUUUGGUAAAUAUGGUGAAAUUACGGAUUCUGUCAUAAUGAAGGACCGAAAAACCGGUCAACCUCGUGGAUUUGGGUUCGUCACCUAUGCAGACCCUUCUGUUGUUGAUCAAGUCAUUCAGGACACACAUAUUAUUAAUGGGAAACAAGUGGAAAUCAAGCGAACAAUACCAAGGGGUGCUGCUGGGCCUAAGGAUUUCAAGACGAAGAAAAUUUUCGUCGGUGGAAUUCCUUCAGCAGUGACUGAAGAUGACUUGAAGGAAUUCUUUUCGCAAUUCGGGAGCAUUGCAGAACACCAGAUCUUGAGGGAUCAUUCUACCAAUCGUUCUCGUGGCUUUGGGUUUGUUACCUUUGAGGAAGAAGAUGCAGUUGAUGAACUUCUUACAAAGGGAAAUCGGCUCGAAUUUGCUGGAACUCAGGUUGAGAUCAAGAAGGCAGAACCAAAGAAGCCUAACCCACCAACUCCUUCGUUUAAACGUUAUGGCGAUUCAAGGUCAACGCCUCGUGGUGGAUAUGGUGAUACCUAUGGUGGACUCGGAGGCCACGCGUAUGGAGGUGGUGGCGGCGGUGCCAAUUUAUACAGAUCAGGUGGCGGUGCAUAUGGAGGCGGCAGGAUGAGUGCUUAUGGUGGAUAUGGCGCUGGUGAAUAUGGUGGCGGAGGAGGAUAUGGAGGAGGGUAUGGCGGUGGCCCUGGUGGUGGUGGCGGCAUAGGAGGGCCUUACAGAGGAGAACCCUCUGUUGGAUAUUCAGGACGUUAUGGCGGCGGCGGAGGAGGAUACAGCAGGGGAGGUUACGAUAUGGGUGGAGGAGGUUAUGGUGCUCCUGCCGACAGCUAUGGCAGUGGGGGUGGUGGUGGGUACAUGGGCGGUGCACCUGGCCCUGCUGGUGGCUAUGGAGCUGGUGGUUAUGAUGCUGGCCUUGGCGGAGGCUAUGGGGGCGGUGGCAGUGCAAGUGGUGGAGGUUCGUUCUAUGGAAGUAGAGGUGGGUAUGGGAGCGGCAGUGGUGGGUAUGGCAGCAGCGGAGCUGGCGCUGGUAGGUACCAUCCUUAUGGAAGAUAG